UCAAUUGGUUACAUUUUAGCAGUUAGAGGAACUUGAGAAGUUUGUCACACUGAAGUAAAGGACACAUUCUGGAUCAAUGAGCUGGUAACUUGGCUGAACUACAAGUGGAAAAAGUUGCAGUUUAAUAUCAGCACAGAUAAAGGUGCUGUGUGGGAGUUGUCCAUCUGCAGUGGAGCAAUACAACAGAAGGAGCUAACGACAGAAGAGUGGGCUAAAGAUGCUGUGCCUGUAUGGAAUUCUCUGCCUGCUUUUCUUCAGAUUUGUCCCAGAUUGCAGGAGUAUGGAUUCUGCUCAGCUCAAGGUCGGAGUUCUGAAGGAUGCCUUUCACAACAGAAGCAUCAUCACCGAUCACCACCACCUUGAGGAGGAGCUGAAACAGCAUCUUGGAAAGAUUGACUUGGACAAAAUGUCAGAGAAUGAGCUGGAAUUCUACUACUUCACUCUGCAUGACUUCGACAAAAACAUGCUCUUGGAUGGUCUUGAAAUAUUGACAGCACUGGAAGAGUCCCUUGAGGAACCCCUGUCUGUUUUUUCUAAAGAAGACAUGAUGAAUUUACUGACAGAAAUGACAGAUGAAGUUUUGGAAGAGGAUGACACGGAUAGAGAUGGGUAUUUAUCCUACUUUGAGUACAUGCACUCUCAAAACAGGACAGCCAGUCCCACCACGAUCCUGGAUAAAAAUGCAAAAGGUAAAACAGCAAAUGCGAUGCAGUGAAUACAUUGUACUCAAAGUCGACA